AUGCAGGACAUUGCGAUGGUUCCGUUUGCACUGAAAAUAGCUGAGGAGGGUUUUGCGGUGGUUUUGUUUGACUAUAGACAUUGGGGUGUAUCUGAGGGUAUGCCUAGACACGCAGCAAACCCCAUAGAAGAGAUGAAAGACCUGAAAGCGGUGCUGCAGCACCUGCAUGCAUCCAACGGCUUAGGUGGACGCGUAGACCCGAAUCGUAUCGCUCUGUAUGGCGCCUCUCUAGGUGGGGGGCUUGUGCUGGCUACUGCAAGCAGUCUUGCACAGGAAAACAACAAAAUUAAAAACAGCAUCAAAGCUGUUGUUGCUGCUAUUCCACUCGUCAGUGGCAGAGCUACACGCGCCAAGAGUCUCAAGGAACGCGGGCUGUGGGAGAAAGUUCAAAUUAUGUGGGCAGUAUUGAACGACCUGGCGUGGAGUGCUUUCUCCUCCGAUGCUGCAGUGUACGUGCAGCUCACGCGCCCCAGCAGUGCUGAGGGCGUCAGCGCCAUGAAAAUUUCGGACGAAGAAUACAAAAUUUGGGCUUCUCGCACUCCACUAGAAGGAAAAAAGGUUGAUGGAGCCUGGGAAAACAAACUGGCUGCGAGAACGAUAUUCUGGUUGGGGCAGUUUCAACCCGACGAAAUGGUCGUCAAUUACCUCGAGGUUCCCACCCUCAUCCUGGCAGGUUCAGAAGAUACCCUCUGCCCGAUUGAGCCGAUUCGAAAGAUGGUUGAAAUGCAUGCAGCGAAACAUGAAAAAAACAAAAUAACAUUGAAAGAAUUCCCUUGGCGCCAUUUCGAUUUCAUUUCAAAAGAAAACUUUCCACUCCUUGUGGAGAACACCGCUGGCUUCAUCAGGCAGUUCUUCUGA